AUGAGUACCGACGCAGAAAUGGAGGUGUUCGGGGUGGCUGCACCGUACCUGCGCAAGUCCGAGCAGGAGCGCCUGGAGGCGCAGAGCCGGCCCUUCGACGCCAGGACAGCCUGCUACGUCACGGACGAGAAGGAGCUCUACGUGAAGGCAGUCAUCCAGAGCAGGGAAGAGGGCAAAGCCACUGCUCUCACAUACCAUGACAGGACCGUCACUGUCAAGGAGGAUCAGGUGUUUCUGAUGAACCCUCCCAAGUUUGACAAAAUCGAGGACAUGGCCAUGAUGACCCACCUCAACGAGCCUUCCGUGCUGUUUAACCUCAAAGAGCGUUAUGCAGCGUGGAUGAUCUACACCUAUUCCGGGCUGUUCUGUGUCACUGUGAACCCCUACAAGUGGCUCCCAGUGUACAACCCAGAAGUAGUGUCAGCUUACAGAGGCAAGAAGCGAAUGGAGGUUCCACCACACAUCUUUGCGCUGUCUGAUAAUGCCUAUCAGUCCAUGCUAACUGAUCGCGAAAACCAGUCUAUCUUGAUCACUGGAGAAUCCGGUGCAGGAAAGACUGUGAACACGAAACGUGUCAUCCAGUACUUUGCGACGAUCGCAGUGUCUCCAGACAAGAAGAAAGAGGCAGCCAAUAAAAUGAAGGGAACCCUGGAAGAUCAAAUCAUUCAGGCCAACCCCCUGCUGGAGGCCUUCGGUAAUGCCAAAACCGUGAGGAAUGACAACUCAUCCCGCUUUGGUAAAUUCAUCAGAAUUCACUUUGGCACAACUGGUAAACUAGCUUCAGCAGAUAUAGAAACCUAUCUGCUGGAAAAGUCCAGAGUUACUUUCCAGCUGUCUGCUGAAAGAAGCUACCAUAUAUUUUACCAGCUGACUUGCAACAAGAAGCCAGAACUCAUAGAUAUGCUCCUCAUCACCACCAACCCGUAUGACUUUGCCUUCAUCAGUCAAGGCGAGAUUGCUGUAAAGAGUAUUGACGAUGCAGAGGAGCUGAUUGCGACAGAUGAGGCCAUCGAUAUCCUGGGCUUCAACGCAGAUGAAAAAAUGAGCAUCUACAAGCUGACCGGUGCAGUGAUUCACUAUGGGAACAUGAGGUUCAAGCAGAAGCAGCGCGAGGAGCAGGCGGAGCCUGACGGCACUGAGGAGGCAGACAAAGCUGCCUACCUCAUGGGCCUGAACUCUGCUGAUCUCCUCAAAAACCUGUGCAAUCCCAGAGUGAAGGUUGGAAACGAGUAUGUCACCAAGGGGCAGAAUGUCCAGCAGGUGUAUAACUCCAUUGGUGCAUUGGCUAAGUCUGUCUAUGAGAAGAUGUUCUUGUGGAUGGUCAUCCGGAUCAACCAGCAGCUAGACACUAAACAGCCAAGACAACACUUCAUUGGCGUGCUUGACAUUGCUGGAUUUGAGAUCUUUGAUUUCAACACACUGGAACAGCUGUGCAUAAACUUCACCAAUGAGAAACUGCAACAGUUUUUCAAUCACCACAUGUUUGUGCUGGAACAAGAAGAGUACAAGAAGGAAGGAAUUGAUUGGGAGUUCAUCGAUUUUGGCAUGGACCUAGCAGCCUGCAUUGAGCUUAUUGAGAAGCCAAUGGGCAUCUUCUCCAUCCUUGAAGAAGAGUGCAUGUUUCCAAAGUCCACAGACACUUCCUUCAAGAACAAACUUUAUGACCAACAUCUCGGCAAGAACAACUGCUUCUUGAAGCCCAAGCCCAUCAAAGGCAAGCCUGAGGCCCACUUCUCCCUGGUCCACUACGCUGGCACUGUGGACUACAACCUUGCUGGGUGGUUGGAGAAGAACAAGGACCCGCUCAAUGAGUCUGUGGUGCAGCUUUACCAGAAAUCGCCACUGAAAGUGUUGGCUGGGCUCUAUGUCGGCUUUUCUGCAACAGAUGGUAAUUCUGCUGCAGGUGGUGCCAAGAAAGGCGGGAAGAAGAAGGGAGCCUCUUUCCAGACCGUGUCUGCUUUGUUCAGGGAAAAUCUGAACAAACUGAUGUCGAACCUGAGGACAACUGAACCACACUUUGUGCGGUGCCUGAUACCUAACGAAACCAAAACUCCAGGUAUCAUGGAACACCAUCUUGUUCUGCACCAGCUGCGCUGUAACGGUGUGCUGGAGGGCAUCAGGAUCUGCAGGAAGGGCUUUCCCAGCAGAAUCCACUAUGGAGAUUUUAAGCAGAGGUACAGAAUUCUGAAUGCCAGCGCUGUUCCAGAGGGCCAGUUCAUGGACAACAAGAAAGCUGCUGAAAAGCUUCUGGGCUCCAUCGAUGUGGAUCACGCGCAAUACAAAUUUGGGCACACCAAGGUGUUCUUCAAAGCUGGUCUUUUGGGAGUUCUGGAGGAGAUGAGGGAUGAGCGUUUGGCUCAGGUGGUGACCUCUACCCAGGCUGUGUGCCGUGGAUAUCUCAUAAGGACAGAGUAUCGUAAGAUGAUAGAGAGAAGGGAAGCCCUCUUCACCAUCCAGUACAACAUCCGCUCAUUCAUGAACGUGAAGAACUGGCCAUGGAUGAGGCUCUUCUUCAAGAUGAAGCCCCUCCUGAAGAGCGCAGAGUCGGAGAAAGAGAUGGCACAGAUGAAGGAGGACUUCACCAAAUGCAAAGAAGACUUGAUAAAAUCAGACUCUAGAAGAAAAGACCUAGAGGAAAGAAUGGUUUCCAUUAUUCAAGAAAAAAAUGACCUCCUCCUUCAAGUUCAGGCAGAAUCCGACAAUCGGAUUGAUGCUGAGGAAAGAUGCGAGGGCCUGAUCAAAAGCAAAAUCCUGCUUGAAGCAAAACUCAAAGAAAAGAUGGAGAGAUUAGAAGAUGAGGAGGAGAUCAAUGCUGAGCUGACCACUAAGAAGAGGAAGCUGGAAGACGAGUGCUCUGAGCUGAAGAAAGACAUCGACGACCUGGAGCUCACACUGGCCAAAGUGGAGAAGGAGAAACAUGCCACCGAAAACAAGGUUAAAAACCUGAUAGAGGAGAUAACGGGGCAGGAUGAGAGCAUUGCCAAGUUGACCAAGGAGAAGAAAGCUCUCCAAGAGGCACAUCAGCAGACUCUAGAAGAUCUCCAGGCAGAGGAAGACAAAGUCAACACUCUGACUAAAGCCCAGGCUAAGCUUGAGCAGCAAGUGGAUGAUCUGGAAGGUUCUCUGGAACAAGACAAGAAGCACCGUAUGGAUCUUGAGAGAGCCAAGAGAAAGCUUGAGGGCGAUCUAAAGCUGGCCCAGGAGUGCAUAAUGGACCUGGAAAAUGAGAAGCAACAACUGGAGGAGAAGAUUAAGAAAAAAGACUUUGAAGUGACUGAGUUGCAUAGUAAGAUUGAGGAUGAACAGGCUGCUGGGGCACAGUUUCAGAAGAAGAUUAAAGAGCUUCAGGCACGUAUUGAAGAGCUGGAGGAGGAGAUCGAGGCUGAGCGUGCUGCUCGGGCCAAGGUCGAGAAGCAGAGAGCCGAUCUCUCCAGGGAACUUGAGGAGAUCAGUGAGAGGCUUGAAGAGGCUGGUGGCGCGACCGCUGCUCAGAUCGAGAUGAACAAGAAGCGCGAGGCUGAGUUCCUGAAGCUGCGGAGAGACCUGGAAGAGUCCACCUUGCAGCACGAGGCCACUGCAGCCACCCUCCGCAAGAAGCAGGCCGACAGCGUGGCAGAGCUGGGAGAGCAAAUAGACAACCUUCAGCGCGUCAAGCAGAAGCUGGAGAAGGAGAAGAGUGAGCUGAGGUUAGAGGUGGAUGAUCUUUUAGGCACCAUGGAGGCCCUGGCAAAGGCAAAAGUGAAUCUUGAGAAGAUGUGCCGUUCCCUGGAGGACCACUUGAAUGAAGUGAAGUCCAAAGAAGAAGAGCAUCAGCGGUUAAUCAAUGACCUCACAAGCCAAAAGGCUCGACUACAGACAGAAAAUGGUGAAAUGUCACGCCAACUGGAAGAGAAGGAUUCUUUAGUUUCUCAACUAACUAGAGGGAAACAAGCAUAUAUUCAACAAUUUGAAGAGUUUAAGAGGCACAAUGAAGAGGAAAUUAAGGCCAAGAACGCCCUGGCCCACGCCUUGCAGUCGGCUCGUCAUGACUGCGACCUGCUGAGGGAGCAGUUUGAGGAGGAGCAGGAGGCCAAGGCUGAGCUGCAGCGGGGGAUGUCCAAGGCCAACAGUGAGGUGGCUCAGUGGAGAACCAAAUACGAAACUGACGCCAUCCAGCGCACUGAGGAGCUGGAGGAGGCCAAGAAAAAGUUGGCUCAGCGUCUUCAGGAUGCCGAGGAAGCAGCUGAGGCCAUCAACUCGAAAUGCUCUUCCCUGGAGAAAACCAAGCAGAGACUGCAGAGUGAAGUUGAGGACCUUGUGACUGACGUGGAGAGAGCCAAUGGAGCUGCUGCUACUUUAGACAAGAAACAGAGAAACUUUGACAAGAUCCUGGCGGAGUGGAAGCUGAAAUUCGAGGAGGGCCAGGCAGAGCUCGAGGCGGCCAUGAAGGAAGUUCGCUCCAUGGGCACCGAAAACUUCAAGAUGAAGAACGCUUAUGAAGAAUCUCUUGAACAUCUCGAAACGCUGAAACGCGAAAAUAAAAUCCUACAGCAGGAGAUUGUAGAUCUCACAGAGCAGCUUGGAGAAACAGGAAAGAUCAUCCAUGAACUGGAAAAGUCAAAGAAACAGGUGGAGCAGGAGAAAAUGGAGAUUCAGACCUCCUUAGAGGAGGCAGAGGCAUCAUUGGAGCAUGAGGAGUCAAAGAUUCUUCGAGUCCAGCUGGAACUGAAUCAGGUGAAGUCUGAGGUGGAAAGAAAGAUUACAGAGAGGGAUGAGGAAAUUGAGCAGGUGAAGAGGAACAGUCAGAGGAUUAUAGACUCCAUGCAGAGCACCCUUGACUCUGAGGUCAGGAGCAGGAACGAUGCCCUGCGAGUCAAGAAGAAGAUGGAGGGAGAUCUCAAUGAGAUGGAGAUUCAACUAAGCCGUGCCAACCGCCAGGCCAGCGAGUCCUUGAAGAACCUUAGAAACUUUCAGGCACAGCUAAAGGAAGCACAACUGCACCUUGAUGAUGCCUUGAGAUGCAACGAUGACAUGAAGGAGCAGGUCACCAUGGCAGAGCGCAGAAGUGUCCUCUUGCUAGCCGAGAUCGAAGAGAUCCGGGCUGCUCUGGAACAGACUGAGAGAAUCCGCAAAACAGCAGAGCAAGAGCUUGUGGAUGCCACUGAGAGAGUCCAACUCCUGCACUCCCAGAACACAAGCCUGAUCAACAGUAAGAAGAAGCUAGAGAGCGACCUGAUCCAGAUUCAGAGUGAGGUGGAGGACUCCAUUCAGGAGGCCAGGAACGCUGAGGAGAAAGCCAAAAAGGCUAUCACCGACGCUGCCAUGAUGGCAGAGGAACUGAAGAAGGAGCAGGACACCAGUGCUCACCUGGAGAGGAUGAAGAAGAACAUGGAAGUCACGGUCAAAGACCUGCAGCACCGCCUGGAUGAGGCCGAGAAUCUGGCCUUGAAGGGCGGGAAGAAACAGCUUCAGAAACUGGAGACCAGGGUGCGUGAGCUGGAGAGUGAGCUUGAGGCUGAACAGAAGCAUGGCUCUGAUGCAGUCAAGGGCACGCGCAAAUGCGAGCGAAGGAUUAAGGACCUGACUUACCAGUCUGAAGAGGAUAGAAAGACUAUAUUUAGACUGCAGGACCUGGUGGACAAGCUGCAGAUAAAGGUCAAAGCAUACAAGAGACAAGCUGAGGAAUCUGAGGAACAAGCUAACAGCCAUCUGGCCAAGUUCAGGAAGGUGCAGCACGAGCUGGAGGAGGCAGAGGAGCGUGCUGACAUCGCAGAGUCCCAGGUCAACAAGUUGAGGGCCAAGAGCCGUGACAUGACCAAGGUAGCCAAAUAA